GUGUGCCGGUGCUGUUAGUACCCGGCUGUGUAACUUGAUAGGGGGCAUCGAGAGGGAUAAGGGAAUGUAGAGUUGCAAUGGAGCAGAGUACGAUACAGUGGUUAGGUGCUCCCAGCUGCUUGCGAGGCUCCUUCGCCUUCUAUAAGUCGGUGGGCUUAAAGAAGGAGUCUGGAGGCCCGAUUCGAGUCUGGAAGCUCGGGGAGUUUUACUUCAUGCGAUGCGGCCCUCAGGAGCCCGUGUGUAUAGCGGAGGUCACACUGCUAUGGGAAGACCAGAUGCAGCGCCACCUGCUGGCCAGCUCCAGACUCUACUUCUUACCAGAAGACACACCGAAGGGCAGAGCAGUGGAGCAUGGAGAGGAUGAAGUUAUCGCCGUAUCAAAGAAGGUUGUGGUGAGAGUGGAGGAUCUGGUGAAAUGGACUUGUCAGGAACCUCCGAAUUGGAGAUGCAGCAGUUCGAAUGUUAAUGAGCCUCAAAAGUCUGACGAGUCACAAGAUGCUAGUUCUCCACAGGAAGGAAAAUCAGAGGGCAACGGUGACGAGUCUCCAGUCCAGCACAAGGUCAAGGUUCUCAGUUACCCUCAAUACUGCCGCUUCCGUUCCCUUCAGAGACGUGUCCCAGAUCAGGCUAGCUGCCCCGGCCUGCAGGACCCUCACCUGCUGGCCCUGGGGGGCAUAAAAGUGGCCCUCCACAACACACGAGUGCUCUACUGUCGGGACACCUUUAACCACCCUACUAUAGAUAACAAUGCUAGCAUACUGACACAGCUUGGAUGCACCUCUCUCAGUCUAAAGGGGCGACCUCGAAAAAGAAAGGGCCUGGAUGGCAGUGGAUCCGAUCACAACCAUUUAUCAGAAUCGUGGAUGGAAAGGAUGAAGGAGAAUGUGAUGGGUAGUGUGGAGAUGCACUGGGAUGGAAACUGGCUCCCACAUCCAGAAGAGCAGCUCUUCCUGGAUCAGCUAUUUAUCUUUAUGCAGCGCAGAGGUUCUCCUAUAAGCAAAGUCCCCAAUCUUGGAUUUAAAAAGAUUGACCUCUUCCUCAUGUAUUCAGUUGUAAAAAGGCUGGGAGGCUAUGACAGGGUGACAUCGCACCGUUUGUGGAAGACUGUGUACAAUGAGUUGGGUGGAAGCCCAGGCAGCACCAGCGCUGCCACCUGCACCAGGAGGCAUUAUGAAAGGCUGAUGCUUCCUUAUGAACUGUAUAUAAGAGGAGAAAAUCCAGAACUUAUCAAGUCCAGAGCUACAUUGGUCUCCCCCACUUCAAUCAAAAAGACAGUUCGGGGUAAAGGGUUGUCAAGCAGCCCAAAAAAGAAUGCAGUAACCAACCAGGGGUUAUCACCAGAUGGUGCUGUUGUUGUACGUAAAAGAGGAAGACCACCUGGAAAACGCAAUGCCAAAGUUCUGGUCAAGGGCAGAGUUGGAAGGCCACCCCUGCAUCCCAAACCUCCCUUAGAGAAGCCAGCAAGACCUCAUCAGGAGAUCGUCCAGCCAUUGACUUUUUUUCAAGAACUGAAGCUCACCAACCAUCCUCAUGGCCAGGGACUGUCCCUUGUAUCCUCUACCCCACAGCCCCUCCAGCCCAUACUGGGGCGAGAUGUAAAGGUGGAGACCGCAGAACCUCAAGCUCCCUCUUUUCUGUCAGUUCCUUGCAAGGUGUUGGCAGGUGGUUCCCUAGAAAGAUUCAGUCCCACUAAAGGACUUUGUCCUUUGGAUCUCUUCAGAGCCCGUCUAGGCCUUAAUGGAGCUCAUGAGGUAGCUCCUCAAGAUUCUUCGAUAAACCACCAAACUUUGGUCAACCAGCCUAAAGUCAGCACACCUGAGACCCCUGAGAGCCCCCAGCACCAAUGUUCAGGGUGCUGUUCAGAUCCCUCAUCCCAGAAUGGAGCCCCCCGAGCCCCUCUGCCCCCUCUUAGGAUUAUCCCGCUUGACAUAGGCUGUAGCCUGCAGUUGCGUCAACUGAUGCGCACCCGUCUUGGCUCAACACACAUGAACACCUUCACCAAGCGACUUUCAGAAGUUCUGGCUCAGGAUCUCAACAAGACCUCCCAACCCAACGGUAAUGUUCCUCAAGAGCAAUCCCUGCCACUGAACUUGAGUAGGAGAACCAUCACCAAGAGGCCUGCAGGGGACAUGGAGCUCACAGACCUUCAGAGUCGAGAAGUCCAGUCUGGGACCAAGAGGCCGAAGAUGGAAGCUGAGGAUUUUGGAGUGUCUGUAAAAUGGAAUGGCUUGUCCUUUCUGGUGCCUUUGAACCAAGAUGAGCCAGCAGAUCUUAGCUCUCCCAGCAGGGCCAGAGCUUUAGUACAGGACAGGAACAAAGUAGCUUCAGCUCUUCCCGAACCCACUUGUUUCUCUUUAGUGCCAAAAUCAGAUGUCCCCCUUGAAAUCCCCUCCAGUAUUGGUGCUUCACCGGACACUCUACCUUGCAUUUUUCAGCUGAAACAAGGGGAAGACAAGACCAGCACAAUUGCAGUGACAGUUAAAGCCGAACAAGAAAGCACAUCUCUGGAUCCAGAUCUAGAACCUCCUCAACCAAACAGUGACCUCUACUCGCAGUGUGUACCUACUGAUGAUAUCAAAGAGUCGGAUGCAGUUUCUUCUCUCAAAGUACUUUCUAAUUCUUUCCUUUCAAAGCCAUCAAGCUGUUAGCAUCCAGCCAUGGGAGCGUUAUAAACUUUUUUUUUUAUCACUCCUCUCUGCUCAGCCUUUCCCACAGACAUGUUUGUGUUGCAUAUGAUCAAAGAGACUGUUCUGCAGAUCUACUAAAAGUACCUGCUUUUAAAACACUACGAGACUCUGAACUGAUGCAGGUGGCCAUGGUUCUACCAAAGAUAAGGUGCCUUGAACUUGAUUAGACUAUAUUUUAGUACUUUUAAGCUGAAACGUAUGCUGUAGUUAGUGGAUCAUCAAGUGGCCAGCCAAUAAAGGACAUUUAUUAUGACUCAUGGA